UAACAUAGUUCGGACUGUAGAAAACACACAUUCACCAUGGGUCACGAAGACGCUGUUUACCUCGCCAAGCUCGCUGAGCAGGCCGAGCGCUAUGAAGAGAUGGUCGAGAACAUGAAGGUCGUCGCCUCGGCCGACGUUGAGCUCACCGUUGAGGAGCGCAAUCUCCUGUCUGUUGCCUAUAAGAACGUCAUUGGUGCCCGCCGUGCCUCGUGGAGAAUCGUCACCUCUAUUGAGCAGAAGGAGGAGUCUAAGGGCAACGAGUCCCAGGUCACUCUCAUCAAGGAGUACCGUCAAAAGAUCGAGGCCGAGCUUGCCAAGAUCUGCGACGAUAUCCUCGAGGUUCUGGACGACCACCUCAUCAAGUCCGCUCAGAGCGGCGAGUCCAAGGUCUUCUACCACAAGAUGAAGGGUGACUACCACCGCUACCUUGCCGAGUUCGCCAUUGGCGACCGCCGCAAGGGUGCUGCUGAUCACUCUCUGGAGGCCUACAAGGCUGCCACCGAAAUCGCCUCGACUGACCUUGCUCCUACCCACCCCAUCCGUCUCGGACUUGCUCUCAACUUCUCUGUCUUCUACUACGAAAUCCUGAACUCCCCCGACCAGGCAUGCCACCUCGCCAAGCUUGCCUUUGAUGAUGCCAUUGCUGAGCUCGACACCCUGAGCGAGGAGAGCUACAAGGACUCUACUCUCAUCAUGCAGCUUCUCCGUGACAACCUCACUCUCUGGACCUCGUCCGAGGCUGAGCCCGUUUCCGAGAGCGCUGCCCCUGCUGAGAAGAAGGAGGAGGCCCCGGCCGCUGAGGCCGAGAAGCCCGCCGCCGAGUAAAUGAUUAACACCUAAAAAGACCUUGUUGAUGGGCACGCGUCCUCAGGACGGAUGGAACAACCGAGAGAAAGAGAGCGCGCGACGGGUCUUCUAGUGCAAGGAGAUAGAUUCGAGAUGAAGGAGGAAGGAUGAUGAGAUGUGUUG